GGGGAUUUCAUGCGGCCUAGCUCGGUUCCGGCUUCUUCCCCCGCGCCCCAGCCCCAGCCCCGCUCCGGGCCUCCGAGUGUCUCCUGUGAUCGCGCUGACACGGCGGGGGGUUAGAAUGGAACAAGCUGAAGGCUCGAUGAGAGAAAGGGAAAGUUAAGGAUGCUGGAGCAGAACAAUGGAUUUCUCUUUCUCUUUCAUGCAAGGGAUCAUGGGAAACACAAUUCAGCAACCACCUCAACUCAUUGACUCAGCCAACAUCCGUCAGGAGGAUGCCUAUGAUAACAACAGUGACAUUGUUGAAGAUGGUGGCCAGACACCAUAUGAAGCUACCUUGCAGCAAGGCUUUCAGUAUCCAUCUACAACAGAAGACCUUCCUCCACUCACAAAUGGCUAUCCACCAUCAAUCAGCAUGUAUGAAACGCAAACCAAAUACCAGACAUAUAAUCAGUAUCCCAAUGGGUCAGCUAAUGGCUUUGGUGCAGUUAGAAACUUUAGUCCUACUGACUAUUACCAUUCAGAUAUUCCAAACACAAGAUCACAUGAAAUUCUGGAAAAAUCUUCUCCACAGCCACCACCUCCUCCUUCAGCACCACAAACUGUGAUUCCAAAGAAGACUGGCUCACCUGAAAUUAAACUAAAAAUAACCAAAACUAUCCAGAAUGGCAGGGAAUUGUUUGAGUCUUCCCUUUGUGGAGACCUUUUAAAUGAAGUACAAGCAAGUGAGCACACAAAGUCAAAGCAUGAAAGCAGGAAAGAGAAGAGGAAAAAAAGCAACAAGCAUGACUCAUCUCGAUCUGAGGAGCGCAAAUCACACAAAAUCCCCAAAUUAGAACCAGAGGAACAAAAUAGACCAAAUGAGAGGACUGACUCUGUAUCAGAAAAGCCAAGAGAAGAUCCAGUCUUAAAGGAAGAAACCCCAGUUCAGCCAGUAUUAUCUUCUGUUCCAACAAUAGAAGUAUCUGCUGGUAUUAAGUUCCAGGUUGGUGACCUUGUCUGGUCUAAGGUGGGAACCUAUCCUUGGUGGCCUUGUAUGGUUUCAAGUGAUCCCCAGCUUGAAGUUCAUACCAAAAUUAACACAAGAGGUGCCCGGGAAUAUCAUGUUCAGUUUUUUAGCAACCAGCCAGAAAGGGCGUGGGUUCAUGAAAAGCGGGUACGAGAGUAUAAAGGUCAUAAACAGUAUGAAGAACUAUUGGCUGAAGCAACCAAACAAGCCAGCAAUCACUCUGAGAAACAAAAGAUUCGGAAACCCCGACCUCAGAGAGAACGUGCUCAGUGGGACAUUGGCAUUGCCCAUGCAGAAAAAGCAUUGAAAAUGACCCGAGAGGAAAGAAUAGAACAGUAUACUUUUAUCUAUAUUGAUAAACAACCUGAAGAGGCUUUAUCUCAAACGAAAAAGAAUAUUGCCUCUAAAACUGAUGUGAAAAAGUCUCGAAGACCAAGAUCAGUGCUGAAUGCUCAGCCAGAACAGACCAAUGCAGGGGAGGUUCCCGCCUCUCUAUCAAGUACUGAAAAUCGAAGACAAAGCCAGAGGCGGCACACGAGUGUGGAUGAAGAAGAAGCACCUCCUGUUAAAAUUGCCUGGAAAACAGCAGCAGCAAGAAAAUCUUUACCAGCUUCCAUUACCAUGCACAAAGGAAGCCUGGAUUUGCAGAAGUGUAACAUGUCUCCAGUUGUGAAAAUUGAACAAGUGUUUGCUCUUCAGAAUGCUACAGGAGAUGGGAAAUUUAUUGAUCAAUUUGUUUAUUCAACAAAGGGAAUUGGUAACAAAACAGAAAUCAGUGUCAGGGGACAAGACAGACUUAUCAUUUCUACACCAAAUCAGAGAAAUGAAAAGGCAACUCAGAAUAUGUCAUCUCCUGAAGCAACAUCUGGUCCUACUGGCUCAGUAGAAAAGAAGCAGCAGAGAAGAUCGAUUAGAACUCGUUCUGAAUCAGAAAAAUCCACUGAGGUUGUGCCAAAGAAGAAGAUCAAAAAGGAGCAGGUCGAAACAGUUCCUCAGGCUACAGUGAAGACUGGAUUACAGAAAGGUGCCAGCGAGAUUUCAGAUUCCUGUAAACCUCUCAAGAAAAGGAGUCGCGCCUCAACUGAUGUAGAAAUGACUAAUUCAGCAUACAGAGAUACAUCUGACUCCGACUCUAGAGGACUGAGUGAUCUACAGGUAGGCUUUGGGAAACAAGUAGAUAGUCCUUCAGCUACUGCAGAUGCAGACGUUUCUGAUGUGCAAUCUGUGGACUCAAGUAUUUCAAGAAGAGGCACUGGAAUGAGUAAGAAGGACUCUGUGUGUCAGAUCUGUGAAAGCUCUGGUGACUCUUUGAUUCCUUGUGAGGGAGAGUGCUGCAAACAUUUUCACAUGGAAUGCCUAGGACUGUCAUCACUCCCUGAUGGAAAGUUCAUAUGCAUGGAAUGUAAAACUGGACAGCACCCAUGUUUUUCAUGUAAGGUCUCUGGUAUAGAUGUGAAGCGUUGCUCGGUUGGUGCUUGUGGGAAAUUUUAUCAUGAAGCCUGCGUCCGCAAAUUCCCCACUGCCAUCUUUGAAUCCAAAGGAUUCCGCUGUCCCCAGCACUGCUGUUCAGCCUGCUCUAUGGAGAAAGAUAUCCACAAAGCAAGUAAAGGUCGUAUGAUGAGGUGUUUGAGAUGUCCAAUUGCCUAUCAUUCGGGAGAUGCUUGUAUUGCAGCUGGAAGCAUAUUUGUGUCCUCCUACAUUCUCAUCUGUAGUAAUCAUUCCAAACGGAAUAGUAAUUCUUCCUCUGCUGUAAAUGUAGGCUUUUGUUUCGUUUGUGCAAGAGGGCUGAUAGUUCAGGACCAUUCAGACCCCAUGUUCAGUUCCUAUGCCUAUAAGUCCCACUACCUACUGAAUGAAUCAAAUCGUGCAGAGUUGAUGAAAUUACCUAUGAUUCCUUCUUCGUCAGCUUCCAAAAAGAAAUGUGAGAAAGGUGGAAGACUGCUCUGCUGUGAGUCAUGCCCAGCGUCCUUCCACCCGGAAUGCUUGAGCAUAGACAUGCCAGAAGGCUGCUGGAAUUGUAAUGACUGCAAGGCUGGCAAGAAACUACAUUACAAGCAGAUUGUUUGGGUCAAAUUGGGAAAUUACAGGUGGUGGCCAGCAGAGAUCUGCAACCCCAGGUCUGUGCCACUGAACAUCCAGGGUCUUAAGCAUGACUUGGGAGAUUUUCCUGUAUUCUUCUUUGGUUCUCAUGACUACUAUUGGGUGCACCAGGGCAGGGUGUUCCCUUAUGUUGAAGGAGACAAAAGCUUUGCCGAGGGACAGACAAGUAUUAACAAGACUUUCAAAAAAGCACUGGAAGAAGCUGCAAAACGUUUCCUGGAAUUGAAAGCACAAAGAGAAAGUAAAGAAGCACUUGAGAUCGAAAAAAACUCAAGAAAACCUCCUCCUUAUAAACACAUCAAAGCUAAUAAGGUUAUGGGGAAAGUUCAGAUUCAUGUUGCAGACCUGUCAGAGAUUCCCCGCUGCAACUGCAAGCCAGCUGAUGAGAACCCUUGUGGUCUGGAAUCAGAGUGUCUGAACAGAAUGUUGCAGUAUGAGUGUCACCCCCAGGUGUGCCCCGCUGGAGAUCGUUGUCAGAACCAAUGCUUUACGAAGAGGCUCUAUCCUGACUCAGAAAUCAUCAAAACAGAACGAAGAGGAUGGGGCCUAAGGACCAAAAGAAGCAUUAAAAAGGGCGAAUUUGUAAAUGAAUAUGUUGGUGAAUUGAUUGAUGAAGAGGAAUGCAAACUGCGAAUCAAGCGAGCCAAUGAGAAUAGUGUGACUAAUUUUUAUAUGUUAACUGUUACCAAGGACCGGAUUAUUGAUGCUGGCCCAAAAGGAAAUUAUUCUCGCUUUAUGAACCACAGUUGUAAUCCAAAUUGUGAAACGCAAAAGUGGACAGUGAAUGGAGACGUUCGAGUUGGACUUUUUGCUCUUUGUGAUAUUCCUGCAGGGAUGGAGCUGACAUUCAAUUACAAUCUGGAUUGCCUGGGCAACGGCAGAACAGAGUGCCACUGUGGGGCAGAGAACUGUAGUGGUUUUCUAGGAAUGCGGCCAAAGUCGGCGUGUGCCUCAGCCACUGAAGAAAAGACAAAAAAUUCUAAGUUAAAGCAGAAGAGAAGAAAAAUCAAAGCAGAACCAAAGCAGAUGCACGAAGAUUAUUGUUUUCAUUGUGGAGACGGUGGAGAGCUAGUCAUGUGUGACAAAAAAGACUGUCCCAAAGCAUACCACCUCCUAUGCCUUAACCUCACACAGCCGCCAUUCGGAAAGUGGGAAUGUCCGUGGCAUCAGUGCAGUGAGUGCAGUAGUGCUGCCGUUUCCUUCUGUGAGUUCUGUCCACAUUCAUUUUGUAAAGAUCAUGACAGGGGGGCACUUGUCCCUUCUGCACUGGAAGGCCGGCUCUGCUGCUCUGAACAUGACCCUGUAGCUCCCGUGUCCCCUGAAUACUGGAACAAGAUCAAAUGUAAAUUGGAAUCACAAGACCACUGCGAAGAAGUCAAGGAAUAAAUGGGUGGCGAUUUCCUCUUUUUUUAUUGGAAUGGGAAAAAAGGGAAACAGCAAAUCCUGCAUUUGUAUCAAAAGAGACUACUGCAGUGCAUACAGCCUUUGCCAUCAGUACUGCCUUAUUUUGAAGCAAAAAUGGACCAACGGGCCACCAGUGUGUGCAGGCAGAAGCCGUAGCGAUAUCCGUUCUUUUUAUGCUGUUUUGUUGAUUUGGGGGAGUCUCUGCUGGAGGGUUAAGUCCUCUUAGUCUUUCCUUGCCUUUUAUUAUGCUUCAUUGCCUUUGUGGCUGGAAAAAGAAAUCUUUGCUUUUAAACAAGAACAAAAGGAAAAGAAAGCUCUAUUAAUGAGAUCAGUGUCAAUCUAGGCUGUGUACCUUGGGUGUAAAAACGCAGAGGUUGUUAUCAUGCUUUUUUUUUUUUUUUAAUUUGGGAAGUGUGGUUCAGAUCAGCACGUAUGCUUAUCUGUGAAGUGGGAACUGGAGAAAGCCUUCUUGAAAAGGGUCUGAUGAGAUUUACCUCUUUACUAACCAGUUGCUAGGCCUGCUUCUCCUUCUCUUCAAAAGGUCUUUACUGCCCAAGAGAAGGGCUUAAAGAGAGCACUUAUCUGGCCUCUUGCAAACAGAAUGCCUCAGUGGGAUUUACUUCUGUGGUCUUAAACUGUAGGCUUUGCAAGACAAGAACGUUACCUAAAAAGGUAUCUGUAAUGUAGUUUUGUUUAUUUUUCAUUUGUUUUGGAGGAAAAAAGAAAUGGAUGUGCUCACCAACCGGGAAAUGCUUUCCAUCGACCACAAGUAUCUUGAUGAAAUGCAGUUAGUUAUGUAAACAUGAAUGCAUCAUUAGAAUGGACAUUCCCGUUCCCAUGAUGCACUGAUACAGGCAACUAACGGGAGUGAAAGGCACACAGGAACACACAGGAAAACGGAAUCUAUACAUAGUACCGUUUUCUGUCCAAUUAAUCAGAUAUUGUCUGAUUUGGAGAGAAUUAUGGUCAUUUUAUUUUUUGUCUCUGCUCCCCUCUCCUGUUUAGUCAUUUCCUUUUUUCAUUUAGCCCUUCCAUCAUUUUUCCUGAUGAAAAUGACGUAAAUGAAGUUAAGUAGCAUUUCAAUAGAUCUUUGUUCAGUUCCUAAUUUUGAUAUUUGUUCCUAAUUUUGGUGGGAGAGUGUGUGAAAGGGUUUCCCCGGGAUGUAUGGAAACUUUUUCUAAGUAUUAUCCAGUACUUCAAGUUGCCCCGCUGAGAAAGGGGAAGCACUUCUACUUUUGACAGGGUGUCUGAGACAAGUCAACACUUCAUCUUAGGGAAAGCACUUCGGGGAAAGUUCCCAAGAAAGUCAGUGUUACUGAGAAUGAAUGGUUAAUGCUGCUGCUUGGUCUCCUAGCUGCAAGUGGAAAUGCUGUCUCCCACAAAGCUCACUUGCUUUUAAUGCUUAGGAAUGUGUAUAUCCCAGUAUUUCUUCCAUAAAUAAUGAGUAAUGUCAAAUAUUGUUUUAACACUGUACUAAGUAGAGGACUAGGGUUAGCUUGAAUGAACAUUAACUUUCUCUGUGAAUGUUGAAUGCUUAGUUGCUGGUACCUGAUAGCAUCUGUUUUCCCUCAAAAAGUAUCUAAUAACUUUAUGAAGAUAAGGAGGAUAGCUCAGCCACAUUCCUUUAGCUAUGUGUUCCUUUUUCUUAUUAGAGUUCUUCUCUGGGAGAAAAAAAAGAA